GAACAAACAUUUUAUUGAAAUAGCCUGCUUCAGUACAAUUCAGAUCUGUACUCCCUGUGCCCCUGCUCUCAUCCCACAGGUAUGAGAGAACACCAAGACUAGAAGAAUGUUGAGGUUUCACCAUUGACCAAAGAAUUCCAAAAUCAGAGCGUCAUCAGUUAGGUUGGUGCUGCACAAUACAAAUUUCAUUACUGCUUUCAUUAGGAAGGAAGGCUCUACCUGAUGAACAGCUGAUGGCCUAGCUUCAUUAGAUGGCUGAUGAAUUUAUCACUGUCAGUCACUCUGCCUGUGACAUGCUGACUCUCCCCAAGCUACGUGCCAGUCUGCUCCUGAAUGAAGUAUGAGAAAAGUAUGAUAUCUAAUAAAGAAAAAAGAAUGAAGUAGGGUGGUGGUGCUAAGGAUGGAUUCUGUUUGCCUUAAGAUACCACUGCACACUGUGGCAGUGACACCACAUAGUAAAUUGCAAGAAUUCAGAAGCUGGCUCACAGGCAGAGAAGAUGCCCCUGCAGCAGAGGCAGGUGGACACCUGGGGACAGCAGCCUCCUCAGCUGUUCAAAGCUAAGCCAAACUGCUAAUCAGUCUGUGCUCCUGGUCUCACCUCAUUGUAAAGCUAGAGUGCUAGUGACAGGUACCAUUAAGGCUGUCUGUUUCUAUUCUGAAGCCUUAUUCUCAAAGGCUCAUGCUUUUCUAAAGCAUUCUGAAAACACUGGCUUGAAAACAGAGAUGCCUCAGUCUCCAUAUCAAAGAUAUUUUUGCGCAAAGCACUUUGAAACUAAUGUAGUCCUUAAAAACUGGGUUGCCAUGUUUAUAAUUGUAUUUUAAAGUAAGAGAGUAAAUACAUUUUUUCCACUUUCUUUGUUCACAAAAUGCAACAUUUUACUUUAAAUAAUAAUAAAAAACCCCUCAAGAAACCAGCUGAAGGCAUAUACUAAACUGGAAUUCACUUGAAAACGUGGAAGGGUGAAAGUUUCUGAACAAACAAAAGUCACACUUCAACUACGCUGAACUAGAAGGUGUGUCAGCUCCUGAAGGCCAUAGACUUGUUCUUGUCAAUUCCUAGAGACCAAACCGAGACAAGUGACAGCUUCUGGAUUGUCAUGGUUUAACCUCAUCUGGUAACUAAGUCCCACACAACCGCCUUCUCACUCCCUCACAGUAGGAUAGUGGAGAGAAUUAGAAAAGCAAAAGUAAGAAAAUUCAUGGGUUGAGACAGAAAGAGUUUAAUUGGUAAAGCAAAAGCCGCACACACAAGCAAAGCAAACCAAGGAAUUCAUUCACCACUUCUGAUCAGCAGGCAAGUGUUCCACCACCCCCAGGAAAGCUGGGCUUCGUCACACGUAACGGUUACUUGGGAAAACAAACACCAUCAUUCUGAAUGUCCCUCUCCUUUCUCCUUCCCCCUAGUUUAUAUGCUGAGCAUGGCGCCAUAUGGCACAGAAUAUCCCUUUGGUCAGCUGGGGGCAGCUGUCCCAGCUGUGUCCCCUCCCGACUUCUCGUGCACCCCCAGCCCCUCGCUGGUGGGGUGGGUGAGGAGCAGAAAGGGCCUUGGCUCGGUGUGAGCGCUGCUCAGCAGCCACAAAACCAUCCCUGUGUUACCAACAGUGUUUUCAGCACAAAUCCAAAACACAGCUCCAUACUAGCUACUAUGAAGAAAACGAACUCUAUCCCAGCAAAAAACCAGCAUAUUAAUUAAAGAAACUUUUGAUCUGCCAAAGUAAACAGGGUUGCUGACAUGACACAAUAUAAGUGGUAGUAGGAGAUGUUUUUCCUCUUGAGUGUACACCUUUAAAUUAAUUCUAAGGUGCCAGCUCAGAGACAGGACUACUACAUUCCCGAAGUGUAAGGAAAGCAGCUCAGCCAUAGAUUAUAAAACCGCUACAGCAAUAGCUAGCUGCUAUUUUGCACUCUUGUGCUCUGUAUCAGACCACAUUAAAUACCCACAAAGCUAGGCUUAAAGCAGCCUCAAAUAUCUAGAUAAAGCGCCAAAAUGGUCUAUGAUCAUUACAGUUCUAUUGAAUUUGCAGUAGCAAAUUCUUGUAAACUACCUCGCAUGAUUAUGAAUCAUUAUUUUACUGCAUAUUCAGUCCUGGACCAGUUAAUAGUGUACAUAAAUGAAAACCACUAUGGUUUUUUCAACACAGUAUUUUUUUCCCUGCUUAGGCACUAUCUUCAAAGAAAAGUGUGUCUUUGAGGGAAGGAUUUUGCACAGCCUAAGUAAUAACUUAUUCCAUGAACAAACGUGACACCCAAUUCUGGCAUGUGGUCUGCAACUCCUAAGCUUUGUUUAGUUGUCCUGUUAAGCACAAGAAAUCUAACAACAGGAGGCUAUGUUUAUAGAAACUAGGUAACACAAAAAGGUGUAGUUCAUACCUAAUGUGGCAAAACAGCAUCUUCACUCUUUGUCCAAAAAAAUGAAUAGCUUAUAUGAUGGCCCAAUUUACACAAUAUAAGUCAGAAGAAAGUCCAUUGACUAGAGCAGAGUUAUGGUGGUUUCACCCCCAGUUUGAGCCACACAAGGCUCAAGAAUGUAGGAAUUCUAAAGUAGACAACAGAUAUCAGGAUGACUUACCCUUUACAAUUCAGCCCUCACACUAUAUGGAGAUUGCAGAGAGCUUUACCCCACUGGCCUUUGUAAAUUCUCUGACAGACAUUGAGAACUCAGAGUAUCUCAAGGGGAUGGAAUAGGAUCAGGAUUCCCGGAAUUAUUUGAAGUGUGUUUGGAUUAGGGUGUUUGACACAGAGAUAUCAAGUUUGUUCCUUCCCUUUCCACAGAGGCAGACUCACUCACUAAAACUGCUCAGAUUUAUUUUGGAUUUAUGGCUGAGUUAGAAAGCAGGGGAUUAUGCAAUGUACAAACCUGCUCAAUCGAUUAUUCCUCAAACAUUUAAAGUGGGAGCAUUGUAAAAUACUUUACACAGGACUAAACUGGGCCAGUCUGUGUGUGUUAUGCAAAUAUACAUAACAUAUGUUGACUUGUGGCUCCCAUGAUCUUCUGGUGGAACUCUUGCUCUGUGUGUCACAAGCCCUAAGCAGCUAAUAAGGACUCUGCAAGGCUCAAAACAAUCCUCUCUGCUUACUUCGGAAGCCACUAUAUAAUUCUAAGACGUUGAUGAGUUCACCACAUGAUGAAAAUAAGCAAGGCUAAGCGUAGUCACUCCCCUGUAAGAGCCAUACUUCUGAGUCUCCAGGGACCAGGCAGGAUGCUCCCUGCAAGUGCCCAGAGACCUGGAAUUCUGCAUUCUACCCUUGUUGACUCACAGGGGCUCAGAACAUGAAUCGCAUUAUAGGCAGUUCAAGCCUACUCCUCCCUUCUCCUUGGUAAUUAAUCAACCAGCAUUCCUCCAGCCAACACCUCUCUAGCCAGCACAGUAAAAGCUCAAAGCAGAUCAACUGCAGCUAUCCAACCACAGUAAGUGCAUUUAAAAUGAAAUAAAUAAUCAAAGGCUGGUUUGAAAAAGAAACAGAAGUGCUUUAUAAAUGUAAAUAACUAAACUUAAAGAGGGGGUGAAGUUAUGUGAAGUCAUGUAUCUAUCUAUCUAGAUUUACAUCUAUAAGAUAUUUGUAGGGUGCUAGCCAUGGCAGAAUCUAAGCGUGAUGUGUACUAAUGAUGAUCCACCUUUGGCUACACUAUACAUAAGUGAUUCAUUAAUCCCUCUUCCAUUAACACCAGACUAUGAUCUCACUCUUGUGAUAGCCAGUACUCUCCAUUUGCUAGAGACAGGUGGAUCUCAACCCAUUUGGAGAUUCAUUGCAGAUGAGAUAAUCUCAAAGGAUAAGAUUUUGCCCCCACUGAAAUUAAUAUAAAAAUUCCAGUAAACAAUGGGUUCUUAGACUUCACAAAGCUGCUUUCAUUUUCUUUUUGUCUUCCAUCUUCCAGACCUUUUAUGUCUGCAAAAGAGUGCCAAGGCUGUCCUAAAACCACUUUUCUGAAAGAAUUUUUGCAAUUACCAAAAUUAUUGUAAGAAAAAAACCCUUCCUGGUAAGCCACAACCUAGGUUCAAAUCCUACUAUUAAAAAGAGGACAGAAGACAUCAAAAGUAAUGUCAGCUUCCCCUGUGAAACAAUCAAGUGUCUCUCAAACUCAGAAAAGUGUCAGGUUAGAUUAAUUUAGAAUAAAAGUACAGUGUCCUCUUUGAUUGUACCAGUCUCCCUUCUGGGUAUUUUUACUCUGUGCUCAAAGAAUAGAAAUACAAUAUGAAAUCUGUAAAUCUGUGUAAUAUUAAAGUAGGGCUCCUUGAAGUGGGAUGUCUUGAGGGGGCUAUGGAGGGAGAAAGGAAUCUCCCUCUUGUAAGGAACACUGUUUGCACCAUGUAUAUCCACAGGCUUACAGCAUACAAAGGGAUAACGUUUCCGCUGCAGAAAUGCUGCACUCAGGCACACUUCAGAUCAUGGAAAAAAAAAUAAUCAAGUAAAUUCAAUUAAUUUGUUGAGGUGAACAAAAUGCAAUCUCAAACCCUGGAAUCAGGCAAGCACAUCAACAUUAUCAGCUGCUUUAUGCCAAGAACAUCCUGGACAUCAGCAAGAGAGGGGCCUCAAUGUUGCAUUUCCUGUGAACAAUACCUACUACAAAACACUGCUAUUUCUCUUGCAUAGUUCUUUUUUUUCAGAUACUCCUUUGAAAUUAUUGCAACCAGUUACUAAAAACUUGAAUUUGGUAUCCCCAGUCAUAGACACAAAUUCCAGUAAAUUCACAUGCUACAAAGGGAAAUUGUACCAACUGCACUUUUGAAGGGUCACAGAUAAAUGAAUAUAAACUAAUAGUUCAUAUCCUCUCUGCUGCACAGCUGAAUGAACCUUCCCUCUUGUGUCCGUAUCUGUCAGAUGUGGAUUGUGCUAAGGAUGGUAUCACAAAUGUUGUGAGUUUUAACACACAUAAAAGUAUCUCUCACUGUAUUACGGCCAAGUAAAAUGAAACAGCCAAAUGACUAAAAUGGACAGUUAAGGCAAUGUAAAAAGUUGACAAACAGCUUCUAACGAGGUCCAGAUGCUUUUUCUUUCUGUAUAAUUUGAAAUCUAACAUUUCCAGGCACUGCAUGCCUUUCAGUUCUUUUCCCUCCAGCUUGAACUUGCAAGCUGGAACCAAGCAUUAUGCUAAUAAUCUCCAAGGACACAGCAUUGCUGUUGCUUAGGAACAAAAGUUUCACAGGCUGUGGAAGGAGAAUUGAAUACAAAGACCCUGAAGCUGGGGAAGUCCUUUCUGCCACUUUUGCCAAAUUGUCCUGCAAUCCCGGCUCACCGUUUUAUUUACAGACUGAGAGACUAAUUGAUUACUCAAGAGAAGAGCAGACAGAGGACAACUGCACAGUAACAGACCACGAAGGCUAGUCCUACUGAAAAAAAUCAAGCAGCUUGUGGCAUCUAUACCUUGUGUUCUAAGUCUUCCUAGCCGCUAGCCGGGAGUAAGAGCCACCUCUUUCAAAGGCUUUACGGGAGUUCCCACACCUUAUCCACAGCCUGGUGUGUCUGUCUGUCUCUCAGUGGAAAGAUGGCCAAGGGGAAAGCAAAAGGUCAAAAAGGGAAGGUGAUCACCUUGAAAAUUGCCAAAAAUUCUAUCCGGAUAUCUUUUGAUGGAGGGCGCCGUCUUGACUUAAGCAAGAUGGGCAUCACCACCUUUCCUCAGUGCAUUCUGAAACUGGCUGACGUGGAUGAACUUGAUUUGAGCAGAAACAUGUUAAAAAAGAUUCCAAGCAGCAUCCAGAAAUUCCAGAAACUGCGCUGGCUGGACCUGCAUAGUAAUCAGCUUGAGGAGCUGCCCAAGACAAUAGGUACACUUCAAAACCUUUUCUACCUGAAUAUAUGCAACAACAAGCUGACCAGCAAACAUCUGCCAGAAGAGUUAAACCUUCUCAAGAACCUGCGUAUUCUCAACCUUGGCUUGAACUGUCUUGACAGUAUCCCCACUAGUCUUGGGGCCCUGAAGGAACUUAAGGAGAUAGGUCUCUUUGACAACACCUUGACCGCCAUCCCAAACAGUGUGAAAAAUCUCCCCAAGCUCAAGAAACUGAAUGCAAAAAGAAACCCUUUCCCAGAUUCAACAGAGCAAGAAGAGCAUGCCGACCCCGUUAAAGGCAUAGAAACACUCUACCUGGUACAAGAGAAAGACCUGUGCUGUUCCUGCCUGAAGAUGUGUCAGGAUGAGAGGGAUAAGCUGAACAAGUUAAAGAACGUGACAACUAGCCCCUCAGAGAAGCCACAUUUCCCUUUACUCCAGACACCCAAUUCCUCUGCAAAGGAUAACCAAGAAGAAUGGAGAUUAAGAGAUAAACAUCCCUGAAAUAUACCAAGGUACUCCACAGACCAUGUCACAUGGAGUCCAGCCCAAGCUAAUAAAAAGCUGACCUCCUUCCUCCUCCUCCUCCUUAUUCUUCCUGCAGUUCUCUUCCUUUAAAGAUCUACUCAGUUUUAGAAGCAGUAGAUUUCUGUGGUCUCUAAAACAAAUCUAAACCAACAGACAUAUAUUUGGGAAAGGAAGGACCAUUUCCAUUUGGGCCUGUUCCUACAAUGUGUUCAUGUUUGGGUUUGUUUGGGCUUUUUGGGGGGUCUCUUGUGCACGCACGUGUCCAGAGAAGGAAUCUUCAAAAAGAUCGUUUUUUCUAGUAACUCCACUCCACCACUGAGACCUAAACAUUACUUCUGUUCAUUUUUAUAGGUUGAAACACAGUUAAACUAGUCUCAGUAAACACCAUUUGGAGGAAAAGGAACAGACCUGGGAACCUUCUGCUGCUGGUGGUUGCCACCAAACCCUCAGAGAAUCUCAGGCACGCACUGUCAAUGUGAGAACCAUGAGCCUGUUCAAAUUCAGCAGAGGCAGCAGACGCAAAUUCUCAGGAGCCACUAACACAGUGCUUAGAGCUAAAUAACCAGUGAUCCUGUUUCCCAUCAAGGGGCCAGACUGCAUAAGCAAGUUCUCUGGGAAUUUGGGUGCUAUAGCUGGGUUCAGUGAUUUCUAACUUACACAAGAGUGUUUUGUCUGCCUCUGAGUCUCCCCCCACGUAAGGUACAGAAAUCAGAAGCGGUAAGGAAAAGAUUGCUCUUUUUAAGGGUCCUGGGCAUAUCACUUAAGCAGUGACAAAGAGAAAAAGAUUCACCCUCUUUCAUGAUACAAGAGUCAGCCAGUGAAUUGAUGAAAUCAGGUCUGGUGUCCCCACAGUACUUUUAGCUUUCUGUUUACAUGUGCACAUGCACGUGUGCACCUGAGCACACACAUUCACUUGCUCAUAUCACAUCCCUAGGGCAUAGAGUGCUGACAGCCUACAAACAGCAAUAUACAGGUACAAGCAAUGAGCAGAUUAUAAAAGCAGUCAAGCAUGACAUGAGAAGAGGUGCUGGCUAUGGCCAUAAUAACAUAUGGUGACAGCAAACAUUUAGGUAUAUUUAAAUGAAGAUUAAAGUGCCAGGGGCAAAGUACUCAGUAGUCCAGUAAGACCCCAUUAUCAUUUUUCAAAUGGCUAUAGUAGAGCCUGGAAGUCAGAACUCCUGUGUAUUAUUCCUAUGGACUAGGUGGAAAACUGAUAUAGUUCCCCAGAACUGCUACUACCUCAACGUUGUAUGAUACAUCAGACUAGUAAUUUCUUCAUUCUGUGCUUCAGCUGUUAAUAAUUAUUAAUAGUGUGCCUGGUCUGGCCUGCCUCCCUGUCUCAGGUAGGAUAGGAAAAGCUGGAAUGCUAUGGAAGAUGGCCAUUGACCCUAGAUGGGUAAGGAGCCCCUCGUGCUGCUCUUGAGUUUUUCUAACUCGAAAGUGGCUUCAGAAUUCAAACAAGGGAAAAGUAAACUCAUGAAGUCCUCAGUCCUUCAGUUCCCAGACUGGAGCUUGGUAAAAGGGAAGCAUGUCCACUGGGGUCAUUUUCUCUAACUUUCCACUUAAGCACAACUUUUCUGGGAUCAUUACUUAGGCAGUGGUACUGUCUUACAUUUAUUUUAUUUCAGCUCAGCUUAUGCUCUAACACAGCCCAAAGCUAUACCAUAAGGCCACUUACAUUCUCAGAGUGAGUAAGGUGCACAGGGUCCUCGCUCAGCCAGUGGUGUAAAACUGAAGACAGAGCCUUAUGGGAUUCAGGACAGGCUACUUUAGAUCUAGACAUACAGUCUGCUUCAAUCUCUGAGACCAAACAUUAGUCAAGUGUUUUUCACAAUAAACAUAAGCCCAACUAAAGCCAAAAGUUCCUGCAGUUAUAGUGCAUCUUAAGAUAUUCCCACCUGCUGAGCACCCAGCAAGUACAGGGAAAGGAAACUCUGGGGUGAGUUACUGGUUACUUCACGCAGAACAGACAUCAUGCUCCAUAGAGUCAAUGAUCAUCUCUGACAUAGGUUAGGGUCCAGCCAGAGCUGGUUGCAUACGGCACUGAUACUUUUUGCGAGCAAAUGGCUGGUACUCAGGGGUGAAAAUGUUCACUUCCAAGAUAGGUAAUGAUUAACAACAGACAGACUGAAAAUUAAAAAGAAGAGUACAGGUGACAGGCCACAACAACACAUAGGGGCAAUCUGCCCCACAGGUCUCAACAGCAUUCCAGCCUCCAGGCAAUCAUUUCAGAGGAUACCAUUAGGCACUUUGGGUUGUGUUCCUCAGAUAUCCAAACUGAGAAGAGUUACAAGUAUGUGAGUAACUCAAGGUCAGCAUGGAACAUGCUUUCAAUCACCUCCCACUAGGAUAAAACCUUUUUUCCUGAGUUGCUAAAUCUGAGUCUUGGAAUCUACACUGGACAGUUACUAUAACAUGCCAAAACAUCCAUGUGUACAUCUAUCGCUGUCUCCCCUAACCACACAAUAAAAAGGCCAUUACACAGAAGUAUUAUGGAUCAGCUCUAACCUCACCUCACUGACUGUCUCUUUCCCACACUAACCAUCUGUGUAGAGUUUACUAAUAAAGUCAUAUUAAGGAGGUAAUAAUUAUUAAACAACAAUGCACAGUCAGCUACUCAACAGAUUCUUCAUGUUUUCAUACUGUGGAUGGUGUACGCUAGAAUGCUUUUUGGAGUUCUGGGGACACCUUUGAGUCUUUAAAAUAAAGGGCACAAAUAGGUAAGUUUCUAGAUUAUUUUUUUAAGGUGCAACUUAUUCACACAAUUUAACUUAUCCAGC